CGGACACAGAACACACCAGAGAGCUCCUCCCUCAACAGACGGCGAAAGAAAUUCCGUGCAGAUUUUUAUCCGUUUCUGACUUUACGGGAAAUUUUCAAUUGGAAGCUCCAAAGAUUCGUCGCAGUUCGGUUUUGGGGUAUUUGUGUAGUGUUGCAAUCAGAGGUGGAGAUUUUCAGAAAUUUGUGUCAUUGAAUGGCCGCCCAAGGGUUGUCAGUGCUUCCGUUUUCGAACGCUUCGUCUGCCGCGAAUCCGGCUUCCAGGAGACCCUUCGAGCAAUGCCUAAUCUUCAGUGUAUCGAAUCCUUUUGUAGGAGUUAAGUUAUUGGCGCAGCCAUCAAGUUUCUGUUUGAUUGCUUCGAAACGACGGGGUUUCACUGUCGCCACAGUAUCCUUCAGUCUCCCGAACACGAUUAAAGAGGGCGUUGCUUCUGAUAAGGCACCAAAAUGGUCAGCAAGGUCGAUAAAAUCCUUUGCUAUGGCUGAAUUGGAGGCCCGGAAGCUCAAGUAUACGAACACAGGGACAGAGGCUCUGCUUAUGGGCAUAUUGGUUGAAGGAACUAGUUUGGCAGCCAAAUUUUUAAGGGAAAAUGGUAUUACACUUUUUAAGGUCAGAGAUGAAACUGUGAAGUUGCUCGGGAAGUCUGACAUGUAUAUUUUCAGUCCUGAGCAUCCUCCCUUGACUGGGCCUGCUCAAAGGGCUCUCAACUGGGCAGUUGAAGAGAAGCUCAAGUCAGGUGAAGAUGGUGAGGUAACAGUCACACAUAUACUGCUCGGAAUCUGGUCGGAAAAGGAGUACGCAGGGCACAAGAUUUUGGCUUCACUCGGCUUUGAUGAUGAGAAAGCCAAAGAAUUGGCCAAAAAUAUGGAUAAGGACAUAAUCUUGAGCUUCAAAUAAUCUCUCUUCAAUGGGUCCGAUGAUCUUUAACCUUUAUUCGGCUUCUUCAAGAGAAUGACUCCUAGCCAUACAACAUCGCCUGUAAUGCUAUUUAUUUAUACACGUCUGCAUUCAUUCCCUUCAGUUAUUUCUCCCUCCCUCCCUAAGUUAGGGAUUUUGAGAUCCUUAUAUUAUAUACCAAACUUGUUUAUACUAUUCCGAUGCUAAAAAUAUGUUCAUGACUUGCUGCCA